AUGUUUGAAGACAAUCUAACACAAUUAAUUCGUGGCAUACGAACAAACAAAAAGAAUGAACAAAAGUACAUUGCCGAGCGUCUCCAGGAAAUACAGAAAGAAGUCAGGAGCAAUGACCCAGACGUGAAAGCUACGGCUAUUUCCAAACUUACAUAUCUUCAUAUGAUUGGAUAUGAUAUGUCAUGGGCUUCGUUUCAUGUCGUCGAAGUCAUGUCAUCUGCAAAGUUUAUUCAAAAACGAUCUGGGUAUUUGGCUGCCACGCAGUCGUUUCGACAGGAUACCGAUGUUUUGAUGUUGACCACGAAUCUGUUGAAAAAGGACCUCGCAUCAGGCAACCACCUCGAAGUAGGCGUCGCGCUGAACGGUCUCUCACACAUAGUCACGCCGGACCUAGCACGCGACCUCUCGCAGGAUCUGGUAUCAAUGCUUGGCCAUUCACGACCGUACAUCCGCAAGAAAGUUGUGCUUGUGUUAUACAAGAUCUUUUUGAAGUUCCCCGAGGCGCUGCGAUUGAGUUUUCCGAGGUUAAAGGAGCGGUUGGAGGAUUCGGAUCCUUCUGUUGUAUCGGCUGUUAUUAAUGUUGUUUGCGAACUGGCACGUAAAAACCCAAAAAAUUACUUGUCGCUUGCUCCGCAGUUAUUCAAGUUACUCACAAACUCUUCAAAUAACUGGAUGCUCAUCAAAAUAAUAAAAUUGUUUGGAGCACUUACUCCGCUCGAACCACGUUUAUCCAAAAAACUGUUGCCGCCAAUUACCAACCUGAUCCAGACUACACAUGCAAUGUCGCUACUGUACGAAUGCAUACACACCGUGAUUACUGGAGGGAUGUUGAAUGCAUCGAAUUCAGAUGCAUUGGCGGCAAUGUGUGUUAAUAAGUUACGGACUUUUUUGGAAGAUCCUGAUCAGAAUUUAAAGUAUAUUGGUUUAUUGGCACUGAGUAAAAUACUUCCAACCCACCCGAGAUUAGUUGCUGAACACCGCGACAUAAUACUAAAGUGUAUAGAUGACGCGGACAUCAGUAUUCGAUUGCGUGCAUUAGAUUUAGUAGUCGGAAUGUGGUAUGUGGCCGUGUUGGUCGAUUUGACUUUUGUGGCUGGAGUCAAGGUUGGAGAUUUGUUGUCUGCGCAGAUUAUGGAUGUUGCGGUUCGUGUGAAGAGCGUAAGGAACUCUUGUGUGAGAGCUAUGCAAAAGUUACUCUCCAAUUCAACUCUUUUGGAUAAUUGCACGAUACCUGACUCUAAUUCGGAAGUUCUGUAUGCAGCUGCAUGGGUUGCUGGUGAAUAUUGCAGUUAUCUUGAUGAUCCGCCAGAGAUCAUCGAAUACCUUCUUCGACCUGGCGUAACAAAACUUCCGCACAAUGUUCAAUCGGUUUACGUUCACAACGUGCUCAAAAUAUAUUCGUUUUGGGCAAAUAGUCUUUUGUAUAAUUGGGAUCACGACGCGAAAGAGGAUUUGGUGCGCGUCACAGAAUUUAUUAAGGAGAAGAUUGUAAUGUUUUGCUCGUGUACAGACCUUGAAGUUCAGGAACGGGCAUACAACAUACGUGAAAUGAUUACAAUAAUUCAUCAAAACAUCACCACAAUCGACACAACCGCUGCCGAAACCGAAAAACUCUCUCUAUCCGAAAAACCACCCUCGAUUAUAACCGAACUUCCUCCUCUGUUCUUCUCGUACGAGCUCAACCCCGUCGCGCCAAAAGCUCAAAAAAAGGUCCCGAUUCCCGAAGGACUGGAUUUAGAUGCGUGGAUUAACAAGCCAUUGCCUGAUUCUGAAAGCAGUGAAAAUGAACAAGCAGUCGACGGGGAGGAAGAAAGUUAUGGGUAUGGAUACGGGCAGAAAGUGGGCGGGAGUGGUGACUUGGUGUUUUCGAGCGGGAAUGGGACUGCGGUUGGAAGACGACGACGAAGGGAUAAGAAGGGGCAAAGAGAAUAUGGGAGUGAAGAGGAUGAAGAUGUUAAAGAAAGAAGACGAAAAGAACGAAAAGAAAGAAUGAAGAAUGAUCCUUAUUAUAUUGGCAUGGAUGAUGAUAGUACAUCUAAAAAACAGAAAUCUAAGCUGCGCGAUGACAUUGAUGUCGAUUUGAUACCGGUUGUUCAUUUGAAUAUUGAUGAUUUUGAUAAAGAUCGAAAACUCACAACAAAAUCGCGUAAACACCACAAAAAAAACAAAGAAAUUGUUGAAACCACAACACCAUCUUCAUUCGUCCCAAUAAUAUACACAGACGUUGGCGAAAUGCCCGAAAACGCCACACUAACAGACGACGAUGAGAAAGAUAGCCUUUCCGCCUCCACAACCAACAACCACAACAAUCAAGUAUCCCCUCUAAAAUCUUCGACUCUCUGGAAAAAGAAACAAGAAGAAAAUAAGGGGAUACUGGACGUGGACUUUUCCGGAAUAUCGAGUAUCGAUUUGUCGACGCCGCUUGGCGACGAUGAAAAGUUCCCGCAGACUACGGUAUAUUCGAGUCCGGAGGAGGUGAGAAGACGCGAGGAAGAAAGGAUGAAUAAGCAGAUGAUGGAGGAAAGAAGGGUAAAGCGUGCGAAAGCUGUAGAAGUUGCGGCCAAAUCUAAGAAAGAGGAAACCACGAAAAAGAAAUCAACUAAAAAGAGUUCAAAACAAGACGUGGGUGAAAACAAGGAAAGCGAACAGUCGACAACAAAAUUAAGAAAGGCUUCUAAAAAUAAAGAAAAAGCCGAAUCUCAGAAACCAAAAAAGAAGAAAGAGAAUUCAGAAGAGAAGAAGAAAAAGAAAAAGUCAUCGUCGACUUUAACUAAAAUAUCAUCAAAAAAGAAAAAAGACACCAAUAGUGAUAAAAAAUCAGAGGCUGAUGAAAAAAUCGAGCCAUUGGAAAGAUUACUGAUGGAAGAGGACGGAAUCGAAAUACAUUAUUCACUUCGCCUAUCGUCAUCAGAAGAAUCAAAAAACGAGCCACCGUCACUAGUGGCCGUGUUCACACUAUCCAACAAAUCUUUGUCAAAAAGUGAUAAUAGUAGUACUACUAACAGCAGUAGUAGUGCAUAUACUAUUUCUCAAAUAGUGUUCAAAUUUGAACCUUCGUCAGACAUUCAAUUCGAGAGCACGUUGCUUCGGCUAGAUGGCGAGUUAGUAAACGACGAGAAAAAAGAUGCGAUCGUCAGUUUCAGAGUGCUUGGUAUCGUGGGAACAGGAUUAAAUGUGAAUGGACGUUUGACUUAUGAAAAACAUAGUUCGGACGGUAUCCAAGACUCGUCGAGUAGUACAUCACUCGACUUCCCGUUUACCUUCCCUAUACCCAUCUCAGUAUACAUGCUACAAAUACCGCCAAUCACACCAGAACGAUUCUCGUUGAUCGUUUCCAAAACUUCCGAAUUACCAUUUAUUGGAUCAGCCACAAUUUCACUAAACACCGUAGCAGCAGCACUCUUAUCAUCUUCCUCUUCCUCACAACAAUUACAAAUACAAUCACAAACCACCGAACAAUUGUUUCAGAGUACAUUAGAUGAGCUGACGACACUCGUCACAGGCACACACGUUGUCGAGAUGGUGCCCGGUGCUGCGUCAAUAUACGGCGAGAGUGUACAAGGGUACCAAGUGGCCGGGUUGGUUAAAUUGAAUAAGAGCAAUGAAGAUUCAUUAAUACAAAAAGAUGAAACGUUGUCUUCGUCGUUAUCGAACGAUAGCAAUAGUGAUAAUAGUAGUACUGUUACUGAACAGCAACAGAAGAAAGUUAUUGCUAGUAUCACUGUAGAGUUCAAAUGUACGGAUCAGGCAUUCGUGGACGGAUUGAUUUCAGAAAUAGAACGGUUUUCACAGAAAACAUAA